AUGUCACCACCUUAUAUUUUCAAGGGGAGUUCUCCCCAACCAUCCAAUCUUUCUACCCAAGACUUCAACUUCCGUGCUAUUAUACCUUCCGUGGAAGUCGCGGACGAAGACCCUCCUUCGUCAGUAGGGGGUGAACGGACGCCUUCUGUGUCCGACUCUGAAGACUCCAGUCACCGCGCUUACACCCCAAGCCAGAGCACGGCGACUCCUCCCCGCCGUAAAAAUCUAAGCUUGGGUGUCACGGAGUCUUUUCGAACGUUGAAUCUCGAGGGAACCCUUACAUCGCAUCGAACACCCUCGUGGCGGCAUGAUGCUCGACGACAGAGUACUGGUUUGUCCCCAGGCAGGUCCACAUCCACGUACGGGGGCUUGUUCAAUGCGACGCCGGAGCCCACACCAGAGCCAUCACGGGUACAGCCUACCUUGAAUCGUGAUUCAAGCGUUGACGGCCUAGUGAGCGAUUUAGAGAAUUCUCAUCUGCAUGGUGGUGGGCCUCCAAGCGAUGACAGCGACCAAUUGAGCGAGAGCGACGACGAAGACGACGACAACGCAACAGACAGUGACGACUCUUCCUUAUACAACGUGCGAUGCGAACGCUUGCCUAGUGCACCUAUAUACAACGCUGGGUUACAGGAAAUCCUACGAGACAUCAAAAGCCAGUUGUCAGCCCUCCAAAAUGAUAUGAAUCGAUGCUCGUUAUCUCGCGACCGUGGUUCUGAUCUCUUUCAACUGCACGAGAAGGUGCGCAUGUUGAACGAGCUCGAUUGCCCCGAGACGCGCACGGUGGGGUUCAUUGGAAACUCCGGGGUCGGCAAGAGCAGACUGAUAAACUCUCUACUAGAUCAAGAAGGCCUCGCCCGCUCAUAA